UGCUUUCCUCCUAUUUCCCCCAAAAGCUGUUGAGAAGGAAGUAAUUCUAACGUGUAAUCGAGUGAAGCACGAAAAAUGUGAAGUAAAGCCAAGAGACGGGGAUUUAUUCGUCAGCCGAAUUCUUUGUAUUGAACCUGAAGGUGUGACGUUUAAGAAACCUGUGACGGUUCUUCUAUCCCACUCAGUCUACGAGGACCAGGUUUUUGAGGAUUUUUAUGAGUUGAUCAUUGAACAUUUAAGCCAGAACAGAUGGCAAGACUUAAAGACGGAACGAAUAAGCUCUAUUCAAG